AUGUUUAAUCCCGCUAAGUUUUCCGGGGUGGAGAUCGCGCGGCUCCGAGCUGUAUGCGCGUCGCCGCAGGCCCCGGCAGGACAACACCAAGUCCGUAAGGGAACAGACGAUGAAUGGAAGAUUGUCUUGGGUUUAAUCGAGGGCACCAUAGCAUGCCGCAACAUGCCGGCUUUUCUUCCGCACAUCCUCCGAAGUGAGGAAUGCCUCAGACUGGUUUCUACGAUUCAGGCUCAGGUAGAAGGCGAAUUGAUUAUGCAAUUGGGGCGCUCUGGGGGUGUCCGGGUUACCCGACAGAGUACGAAAGCUAUCACCGAGCGGAUCCUGGAAUCGGCGGAGCUGGCGCGAGUAAACUUACCUGCGCUACACAACAUGCUAGGCCAGACGAAGACGAUCAGCUACGAUCAAGUAACGAAGUCGAUUCACUUCUAUUUCUUUACCAGAGAAACUGCCGAGAAGCACAAGGAGGUGCGGGUGCCUUUUUCGGGAGGAGUAUACCGGCUCCUGAAUGCCCACCGAGCAGCGGCCGGCCCGAUAUGGGACCGACAGCGGGGGCUUAAUGGACAACCACAAGGCCGGCGAGUGGAAUACACGAUUCUGCUUCUCAAUGUAACUCGGUUUGUCGACAUAGGCCGGAUUGCAGCUUUUUUGAAGGAGAAGAUUUUGACGGAAUUCGUGAUGGAGGACCUGGACACGCAUACCCCCGAUUCCAGGACAUCGACAAUAUGGAGGGUAACCUUCAAACUAGCGGGCUGUCCGACUUUCCUCGACGGCAUUGUUCGGUUGUUAUGGUUCGGGACGACCAUAAUUGUUAAGCCUCCGAAUGUCGGCAGGCGGCUGCAGUGUCUUCAAUGUGGCAACCUCGGCCACACGCUGGCGCGGUGUACAUUCACCGACCUUCAGUUGCGCGGGCCAGGGGGCGUAGUCGUAAUGGAGGAGGACGUCAAGGGUCUCGAGGAUCUUGCGAGACCAUUUCUCAGCUUCGAGGAAAUUAAAGAGAUGGCAGGGCGGCGCCUAGCGCUCCAAGAAGCAGCGGAGGAGUUAGCUCAAGCAGCGGUUUCGCCACCCGCGCGAGGACAAAUAUCAGGGACGCAAGCCGCUAUUUCACUUCCUGAGGUUACGAGCCCCAGUAGUGCUCCACAAGCGGAACAAGGGGAGAAGUUUGCUCACAUGCAACCAGAUCCGCGUCCAGCAGCACCACAGCCGUGGAUCACCAAGCAGUCCAAAAAGGGACGAUCGAGAGGUUCGUCUAAAGCGGCCACGGGCCAGGUAAAAGCGGUGGCCUCACAGGUGCGGACAGGAGGGCAGGAGCUUAUAGGCGAGGAUGGCGAGGACUGGGCCGAGGGAGACAAAAACUAG